AUGGCAUUCAACGCGAAGAAUCUGCAGUACAAUAAACAAGAACCUGCUUUUCUCCGGCGACUAAAAGGGGAAUAUGUCGGUCAAGAUGGAAGGCAGAACUACCAAGCGCCUCGACCAAAGAGGGACAGGCUGAAGGCUGGAGAUGAAGACGAUGACCCUGUAAUAGUAGACGAGCAAGGUGAGACGGUUGGCAAGGAAGCCUUCGAGAGGAGGAUGCGAGGCGACGACGCGGGUGAAGUGUCAAAGGACGGCGAUGGUGAAACUAGACCGAGUGAGGGGGGAGGCGAAGGAGGGACUGGAGAUGAUGGAUCCAAGGUCAUGGCUAUGAGCAACAACGAGAGGCAGAAAGUCACAGAGAUCGGAGGUGCGGCUGCCUUGAAGAAAAGAAAGGUGGGCAAGAUUGUAGGUGGUGAUGAGGACUUGGAAAAUGGUGCUGGAGAUAUUUCGAGAAGCGCAAGCGGUAUGAAAGAAGGACACGACGAAAUAGCGGUUCCAAAGAGCAAUGAGCCAACUGUGGCAAAGAAAAAAAAGGGCAAGAAAAUCAAGCUGUCGUUCGACGAACCUGAUGGGUGA